CCACGUUUAGUAAUUUUCAUGCAAGUGUGUGUCACAAAUAAAUAGUCAUAUUUUAAGUAAAUUCGACGGUGAAGUGGCAGGCGCUGUGAUAAUUUUUAUUCUAGAUUUCUAAUCUGUGCAUAUCUUUUGCUUUAAAUAUUUUGCUUACUGUGGUUGUUGUUUAAUAAUCGUAACCAGUUUUAUAUCUCUUUCUACUAACAGUAAAGAUUGUAAUCUCAGAGAGGGAAAGAAAAUGAUUCGUACAAUAUUCGAAAUGUUGAAGAUUUUGGUGUAUUGAUACUCGAAUUUAUAGCUUAUAUUUUAACUAAUUACGUUCAUAUUUGAAACGAUGCUUUAAAAUACCCAAAUCCUUGCCGAACCCGAGUGUAUGUCGUAUGACAAUAAAUAGGUACUAUAUAUAUAUGUACGAAAAUAUAUCAUAAAUAACAAACGCGUUAUCCAAUGAACUACUUUGUACGAGUGUACUACGUUCUUGUAUAUUUUAAUAUUCUUUUUAAAACUUCUUUUAUAUUCUAUACUUAAAAUGGCUCUCUUUGUCUGUAAAUGUUUAAAUGUAUCGUUGGAAAGUGAUAAAUUAGAAGAUAUUCUCGACAUCGGGAAACUGGAGUUAUCUUUAGCGGAACAAAGAGAUAUUUUUUUCAGUGAGAAACUAUUAGCAUGUCCAGCCAACUCAUUAAAGACUCAUGUGGUUCAACCUGCAUUAAUUGGCCACCGCAUAGUUGGUCGCUUCAGCCUGGAGACCUGCCUAGCCUGCAGACAGACAACUCGUGCUCUUCUGCAGGAAAGGAACUUGGUUUUAUUGGCCAAGCCCCUUCAAACGACACAAGAACAUAUAAAUAAUCUGAAGAAGAGUGAAAACUUCUCACCUGUAUUUCAUUUACUGGUGCCAGAAGUGACGAAUGAGGUGGAAAUGAAAGAAAAUAUAGACACAAAUAACCAAUAUUAUAGUGAGAGGAACGGGUGCUCUCCAUCGUUACAAGUCAUCGGAGCAUUGAAGAAGCAGCUGAAUCAGACGUUAGAGUCUCAGCUUGAAGCCAUCGAGGAAACCGUGAGGCAGUUCAAAGACCAGAAAUAUGCAGAGUAUGAAGAGUACAGAGUCAGGGCGCAAAGGGAUCACAAAAUAUUAUCUAGUAUUAUAAACAAGACGAGAACUAACUUUGACAAUGACGGUUGGAACAACUCCUUAGACAAGCUGCCCUCGCCCACAUUACAAAGACGGAGGCUCUCCUCCAUCAAAGAUGCCAAAAAAUUCACUAAAUAUGUUAAGUCAAACGCUCAAAUCCCUCACGAAGAAGAUUCUUUAGAUGCUGAAGAUAUUUUUGAUUUAGAAGGAAUGGACUCCUGCAACUACAUGGCCUCCGACAAUGAGGAUUAUGAUUCAGAUCAGCUCAGUAACGAUGAGUCCAUGGCUCCUCGAGCUCGUCCCGGGGCUGCGGCCGCGUCCCUGGCCCGCUCGCUGCCGGUCAGGGUCCCCGUGGUGAUGAGCAGACGAGAGGAUAUCACCCACGAGGAGGAUUAUGAGGAGACUCAGGACAUCGCUGCCUCCAUCAAGGCGCUGGCUCGCUCGGUGCACGGCGACGUGUUCGAGCUGCCUCGCCCGCGCUUCUCCACGCAGAUCUAGCGACCCUCGACCCCCGGCCCUCGCCCCCGGCCUCGGCCCCCGCCCAGGCCGGACGGGCGGUCCGCCGGAAUCUUAGUUAUAUUUGUUCGCGUAAUUGACUCCCGGGAGUCGUUUUAGGAUUUAAGUGAGUCCCCUCCACGGACCGGGAGGGGAGAGCUCGUGAAUGAGGAACUGAUGAAAACAUAUACAAUAAGAAGAUAUUAUACCGGAGGAGCAGCCCCGGCCGGCCACCCGGGCGCGCCGCGAGAGGUCGGCCGCGGCUGGCUCCGGCCGGAGUGUAGUGUUCAGUGGCCGUCUAAGUCAUCUCUGUUAGACAUUGAGUGUUGUAUUGAGUUUACGAGGUGUUAUCUUACUGCUAAGGACCGAUGUACAAACGACAGACAUACACUUGCAUUUGGAACUAGUCCCCCGGCGUCCCGGCGGCGGCGCCCGUCGCUCGCCCGAGACGCUACUUAAAAUGACAUUGUAAUAUUUAUUUUUGUAUUGAAUAUUUUGAAUGGUUCCCGCGCGGACGGAAGGGAUCGAGUCUUCCGAGAGAGCUGCAGACGUGAGGAGCGUCCGCUUGGGACGACAGUCGAGAUGGUUUCAGAUUGUAUGGGACGGUAGCGUACGAUUAAUAAAACAUUUACAAAAAUA